GAUCUUCGGCUUGGAUGCAGUCCAUCCGCCUUUAAAUUAAAUAGUAAAUCGCGCGGAAAACAUGGUCGAGCCGAAAACUACAGCACCGCACCAACGGACCCCCACUGCCGAGACCGUUCUCCCCCUCAGCCGGGUGCGGACAAUCAUGAAGAGCUCGAUGGACACCGGCUUAAUCACGAACGAAGUGCUGUUCCUGAUGACCAAAUGUAGUGAGCUCUUUGUGCAGCAUUUGGCGCGAGAAGCCUACGCGGCCUCUUGUUCCAAGGAGACAAGUGAUACCCUCAAGUAUGAGCAUCUCUCUCAGCUGGUGAACAAGAGCUCGAAUCUCGAGUUUCUUCUGCAAAUUGUUCCAGAGAAGAUACGUGUGCACACAUUCCAAGAAAUGCUCCGGCUAAAUCGUUCCGGCGCCACCAGCGAUGAUGACGAUGAUGACUCUGAAUCCGAAUCUGAGUCCGAAUCGGAUGAAUGAUACGCCAGAACCCCCAUCGCCAUCCUCACAUCAUCGACCAUCGCUUCUUUACGCUCAUUGCUUGUUACUAAACGUUUGAUUAUGCCGUUAAUAAUUUACUUUUUGCAGGUUCUAUAUUAAAUUAAGUUCCGUGUUUUGUAUGUCUCCAAAUGUACUCUAUAUGAGUAAGUGCAGUUUUUAAGAAUAAAUAAAUACGUAUAAUGAAACCAUAGUGCAUCUAAAAA